AUGCAAAUCCACGACAAAGAUAUUAACUCGAUCGACUUUUCCGCCGACUGCUCACUAUUGGGCUCCGGAUCACAGGAUAAGUUGGGCAAGUUAUUCUCGGUUGAUCAUUCGGCCAAGAUGGGCACAUCCUUGAAGCUGUUGGCGAUCCUCAAGGGACAUGGGCGCGGGAUCUGGUCGAUCAAGUUCUCGAGACAUGACCCCUAUGUGAUCACCGGGUCCGGAGACUGUACAAUCAAGCUCUGGUCGACCGAUCGGAAACCCUCGAAAGCGUCGGAGGCCGAGGAGAGAGCGGAUGGCUUUGGGAGUUGUUUAAAGACUUUCGAGGGCCACUCGAACUCGAUCCUUCGUCUAGAUUUCAUCAACUUCGGCCAACAGAUCAUCUCAGCCUCCUCGGACUGUUUACUGAAACUCUGGGACAUCAAGACCCAAGUAUGUGUGGCCACGUUGGGGGAUGAAGAUGAAGAAGAGGAUGGGUUCGAGGGGCCGACGCGGAAGAUGAAGGCGAUCAGCGACAGCCAUGAGGGCAAGAUCUGGGCCUUGGAUCUGGUCGAUGAGGCGGGCACCCAGAUGCUUUCGGCGGGCGCGGACUCGCGGCUGAUCUAUUGGCGAGACGUGACAGGAGAGAUCGAGUCGAAGAAGAUCGAGAUGAAGGAGCGGGAGGCGGAGAUCAACCAAGACCUGGAAAACUUCGUCCGGGUCAAAGACUUUGGCGCGGUGAUCAGACUAUUGCUCAAGCUCGACAAGCCCGCCCGACUCCUGCGACUGUUCACGGACCUCGAGCGGGCCGAGGGCGAGCCCGGCAUGGACGAGUUCGGCACGCUCGACCGCGAGGGUUCGGUUACCGGCUCCCCAGACAUCGAUAACAUCAUCCAAAACCUCUCCUCCACCGAGCUCGUUAGGUUGCUCAAACAUGUCAAGAGUUGGAACGCCGUCAAUCGCUCGAGCUCGGUUGCACAGAAACUGCUCUUUUUGAUCUUCAAAUCCAACUCCUUCAGCCAACUGCUUACCCCCCCGUCCGCAUCAUCCGACCUCGAUCCUAUUCAGGAUCCAUCCGAGCCAGACCUGCCGCCAAACAAUCCGCUCGCCAAAAAGAGUAAGACUCUUCCGCCUAAUCAUCUCCUCGAAUUGAAAGAUACCUUGAAAGUCCUUGCCGCUUAUUCAGACCGUAACCUCACCAAAAUCGAUAAAACUGUCCAAGAAUCGUUCUUGAUCGAGUUUCUGCUCAACCAAUUCAACUAA